GGCCGGGGGAAGCAGGACCAGGGUCAAGAGCUGCAUCGUUGGAACCAUCCAGGGACAUGAACGGAGACUCUACCUCAGCCCUGGGGGUUAUAUGGACCAGGUGAGAUCAUUGGAGGAAAAAAUGCCAAGCCCCACUCCAGACCCUACAUGGCCUAUCUGGAUAUACAACGCAGAAACAAGCUUAUCAGCUGCGGAGGGUUCCUGGUGGCGGAGAACUUCGUGCUGACGGCCGCUCACUGCAAUGGAGACAAGAUCACUGUCAAGCUGGGAGCGCAUAAUAUUAGUAAACAGGAACGGAGCCAACAAGAGAUCCCUGUGUGUCGCCAGAUCCUCCACCCACAAUACGACAGUGAGACCACUAACAAUGACAUCAUGCUGUUGCAGCUGGCAGAGACAGUGAAGCUGAAUAAAUGGGUGAAAACCAUCCCCCUGCCACGCACCAACAAGAGAGAGAAGCCAGGGACCAAAUGCAGUGUCGCCGGCUGGGGCUGCACCAGCAAACAGAGUGAAUCAGCCCCAGCCACCACACUCCAGGAGGCAAAUUUGAAGGUGCUGGAGGAUGACGUGUGUCUGAAAAAUCCCGAUGUGACCUACUAUGACUAUGAUGCUUCCACCAUGAUGUGUGUGGGAGAUCCGAAGAAGGGCAAAGCCUCUUUUAGGGGUGACUCUGGGGGCCCCCUGGUGUGUGGGAAAAGAGCCCAGGGCAUCGUUUCAUGGGGAUCCCAAAACAGCGCCUCCCCUGGAGUAUACACAAGAGUCUCCACCUUCAUCUCCUGGAUAAAGGAGACGAUGAGGACGCUGGAGCCCCGAGCCGAGCCGGGAAUUGCUGCACGGGCCAGAGCUGCACCACUUCUGUCCUUUGGAGAGGCCCAGAUGUAGGGCCUGCUUUGCAGAGGGGCAGAGCCCCCCUAGGCUGAGCCCCCUCCCACAGCCUUUGUUACCAUCAGGCAGCCCCCCCCCCCCCGCGUCAUGAGUGUCAAGGUAGGGAGCUUAGGGGAGUUAGGAGCCAGGUUUGAGGCCAGCUCCCAUCAGCUUCCUUGGAAAUCCCAACCCUUAGACUACCUCUUUGCUGGGGAAACAGGUGGGUUAUUUCCUCCCAGAUAACAGACUUGAGCUGAACCCUGGGGAGGACCCAGUGGUUGGUAGCUCUCAUCCGUGUCAGCUGGUCAAGUGACGGUUUAUGGGAGAUCCUCGUCGUUACCUUGACCUAUUAACUCCUGUUGGAACUGCAGCCUGCCCUUUCCUCAAUGGGCCUUUCCCAGGGGUUUGUUCCCCCUGGGUGGCCACCUGCUGUUCCAAACACACCUGUUCCCGGCGCCAGCAAUGCCAGUGGGAAAGGAACUCAGCAACGGCGACGCUGAACUGACCGCAGAUCAAACAUUAGUGCUGAUCCUCCCCUUCCCACUUCCUCUGCCCUGCCGCGCGGCCUGCUGCAUUUCGCUCCCUGCUUCGUAGCCAGCAGUGAAUAAAAUGAAGUUACAAAAAAGA